CACCAAAAAGGCACGCAAACUUGAAAAGUGACGCGAAGUGUGUUUGGGUGAAAAUUCCGGCUUCUCCGAAAAACGCAAUUUUUGCUGUAAAUUUCGCAUUUUUACGCCUAAAAAAACUAAUCAGUGUAAUACAGGCGAGAGAAGUUACAUUAAUAAAGUGCCAUACAACGGAAAAUUCCUGAAUCUCGCUGGUUAAACAAGUUUUCCAAGUGCUCCGGGUUUGGCAAUAGACUAGUCCGGAAAUCCAAAAUGGCGCCCACGGCGGAGGAGGAAAUAACACUGCACUUGGAGUACUGGGCGGAUGAGCUGAGUCCCGCCCAGAAGGCGGCCUACGAAAAGGCCGAAAAAGAGCACAACGAUAUCCGGAACAAGUUGAAGGACCUGGUCAAGGAAGCCGGCGGGAAGAAUAUUUUCUCCGGUGAGGUGUUUACGGCGUAUCAGGUUCUGGGGCCGGUUCCGGGUCUGGAACAGAUUUCGAAGCCGAUAACGUCCCUGAAGAAGAAACAACCGGUGGCGGCUCCGGUGACCCCGUCUAGCUCCAAACGUAGUGCUUCUCCGGUUCUAGAGAGUGGUAAGAGGAAGAGUCGCCGGUCGGAAUAUAAGGCGGAUGACGAUAACGAUGGCGGAGAUUUCGCUCCGGAUGAUGACGAUGAGGAAUACAUUCCCCUUUCGAAGCGGCUGGAGAUGAAGAAGAAGGAGAAGGCCGCAAAGGAAGCUGCUGCCAAGGAGGCGGCUAGAAAGAAAGAAGAUAAGAAACACCACGACAAGAAGGCAGACACGAAAACGCCGAAGAAACCGGAAAAGCCCCAGAGUAUUACGGCCAGCAAUGUCCGCCCAACGGAAUCUACUUCAAUUGGAGGGCUGCUCAUCGGGGGCGAUAAGGAGAAGAAGAAGGUCACGGCAGAACCGACGGCAAUCGUUGAUCUUACGAAAGACGACAGCGGAAAGCCGGUGGCUGAUUCGAGGGAGGUAUCCUUCAGUAAAAUCCAGGGCAAGACAUUCCCUUCGCUGGUGGUCAUUGCCAGGCCAUCGCUCCGAACAUCGGACAAGGCUCCGGCCGAUCGACCCCAGCUGGAUGCCAAGGUCAAGAAUGUCCUCAUGCAUACGGCCACCAAGUUCACCGAGUGGCUCAUCCAGCAGGGCCUGGUUAAAUCGGAACAGUACUGCCAGGUCCAUCGUGGCACGCCUCUAAAGCUCGGAAUGUAUUCCGAUGCAUCGAAAUUCCCCUACUCAGGAGGAUACGUCUGGAUUAGCGAGUGCUGCCCCACGCGAUUCAUUUCCGUGUUCAACGGAUCCACGUUCGAGGGAUCGCCUCAUCCCCCGUCCGUUAUUCUUAAGCUGAUCUACCAUUGGAGCUGCCAGACCAAUGUUUCCAACGUGGUCAACUGGGUCAAGGUGGACAAUCUGUACGUGAAGGGAUUGUACACUUGGCUGCGGUCGGUUUGUACGGUGGCGCUUUGCCAGCACAUGAAACUCAUGGGUGGAAUCGGCAAGAAGAUCGAAGUCGGAGUGAUCUCACUCGGAACAACAACUCAGGAUGGCCAGCAGCGGCAGGUAAAGGUUGAGGUUCUUGGCGUUCUGGAUCCGGAAGCAAAGUUGGUUCGAUUGCGAGCCGUCGAGCCGCUCAGCGAUGGCGAACGAAACUACAAGAAACGCUUCUCGAAGAUCUUGGAACCGCUGGCCGGUUGGGUUCACAAAGACAGUGUCAUUCUGACGGAUCUGACCGUUGAUAAGGGCACUCUGAACAACAUGGGCUACAAAACCGUCCAACAGGUGUCGCCCUCGGAUGCCAACAACAAGAACAGCAAUGCCAACAUUAUGGACUACCUGCGCCGGAUUGUGCCCCGAAUGUUCCAGAAUACGCUUUCGCUAUUGUCGCGUCAGAUCAUCCAGCAGUUUUUGAACGAGUUGGUGUGGCGCGAAUCGUACGGCACCUCGCCAGGGCAGACGUUCGACAACAUUGUGGCGCACAUUGCCGAGCAGACGAAAAUCGAAACCAAGGACAAUUUGGUGACCCGAUUGAAUAAGGCCGCUGCCGAUCCAUUCAAACACUGGACCUAUCCGAUCGAGGCUAUCAAUACGCCCAAGCCCGCGGCCAAGAGGGGACGGAAGCCCAAGGAACAAUCACCCCCACCGGCAGCUCCAGAGGCGCCGAAAAAGAUUCUGUUGAAAAAACUGAAGAAGGAAGAGGAGAAAGCAGCUAGUAGCUCGUCCUACCUGAGCACAUUGUAUGGGCCACCGAAGAAAGCACGCGCUCCCCCGGAGGAAAAGGAAGAGCUGGUUCCGCUGGAGCCAUACUACUAUGGCCAGUUCGAGCCUGCCAGCCAUGAGAUUAAAGAAGGUGCCGAACCUAUAGCAUUCAGCGUUACGUGUCCUGAGUGCCCGACUACGUUGCGCAGCAAUGCUGACUUUCAGGAUCAUCUGUUCCGUCAUGCCAAUCCCGUUCCGGAGGGCCACUUGCAGUGUCGCUACUGCUUGGAGAAUUGGGCCACGGAGGACGCCCUCAACAAGCACACGGUGCUCAUCCAUUCACUGGAGACCAAAAACUCCAUCGCUUCUUCCUUCAAUUGUCUGAUUUGCGAGCAACGCUUCGGAACAACGCAAAUGUUGACGACUCACAUGCAGAAGAACCAUCUGCAGCUGGAGUUGCCGUACAAGUGCGCUGGAUGCGACUACAAGAGUUCCUCUCAUCAUCUGACAAUCGAUCACUUCUACAAGAAUCACGACAGCUCGGGCCUGAUCCAGUGUCCGUUCUGCUUGAAGAUGACGCUGGUCUGCAACGCCGAUGGACCGAUCGCCGAGAAUGUCAGCGACUUCAUGAAGCAUCUGAAGCUGCACUUCAACAAGGCUCUCACGAAGAAGUGCAACAAAUGCGCCCUGACCUUCAUCACGCGUGGUGCGCUGAAGAUGCACGGGCUGUUCGGACAUGUUGUCACGAAGCCAGCUUCGGCCGUGAAGUCAAUCACCAAAUCGGUGACCAAUAUUCCGAAACCGAAGCCCAAGGUAGUGGUUCAGAAGGAGCUGACCACUUUCAAAACGCUGGAAUCGUUCGGUAGCAUGGAGCUGAACAUGCCAUGCGGUAAGAUUUGCCUGGAGUGCGACAGCGACUUCGAUGAGGACAACCACAUCAUUGGCUUGCUAAAGUGCAUCAAGUGCACCUACAAAACGUCCUGUCUGCCGUCGAUGGUUGGCCACACGGGCUCGUGCAAUCCGAAUGCCACUUCCGACUAUGCUGUGUCGCAACUGGACCUGGAGAUGCACUGCAUCUGUGGUUUCUCGUCAGCGGAUGGCAAUGCCCUGGCUCGCCAUUUGGUCACCUGUGACCGCAAGAGUGUCUACGCAACGGUAGAAGCUUGCCAGGAGAAUACGGUCAAGCGCAACAUGUUGGACAUGCUUGGAUUGGUUCGCCGCGAGGACGAAGGGGCCGAAGAGGGAGCCGAACCGGCUCCAUCCGGUUCCGCACAGGCAACUGAAGAACCAGAAACUCCAACGGAGCAACCACAACAUCAACAACAACCAGCUGACGCUGGCAAUACGUCCAUUGCGUAUGAUCCUUCUCAAUCAUUGUAUAAUAUUGCCGCCACGGGCAAUGAGCAGUUCAACACUCAACUGUCGUUGGACGAUUUGGGACCGCCAUCGGUGUUGGCCCAGCAGCAUCAGGAGACCGAUCGCACUCCGCAGCUGGGAAAGGAUGAUUAUCAAUCGUUGGCCACUCCGAGGGUCCCCAGCAUGGACACCGAUCAGGGCGAAUACGAUCAACAGGAGGGUGGAUAUUGAACAUAAAUACUUUUAACUAUUAAGGUACGUAGAAUUUUGAUUGCUUACGAAUUGAACACAUAAACGCAGAUUUUUAGAUCACUAAGACGUCUAUCCGUAGUGAGAAUGAUUUUAUUUUAUGCUUUCUUCAUAUUACAUACAUAUAUAUAUCCAUAAUGGUAAAACAGCUGUACUAUCACGUAAUACAGUAUAUAUUCUAAUCGUGCAAA